CCGGCGGCCAGGCCUCCUUCCGGCUGUGCGGGCAGCCACGGGGAACCGCUGAGGGCCAGGCCGGGCCGUGCGGAGGGACGUGCGGGCCUCGGGAUCCCGCUGCAGCCCUAAGAGAUGCGGGGGACUAGGAGGCCACCCUCUCAGGGCAAAAGGAAAAGGAGGUGACAGACGUCUAGACCACUGAAGGGAACUCAUGGCUAGGAUCAGUUUUUCCUACCUCUGCCCAGCCUCCUGGUACUUCAUCGUGCCCACAGUGAGCCCAUUUCUCCGUCAGCGGGUGGCACUCCUGGCACUGUUCUUUAUACCCUGUCUCCUUUUGCUUCUACUGAUCAUGGAUCUACGACGUUGGGGCACUUCGUUACCACGAGAUAGGCAGUACGAGAGGUAUCUGGCUCGGGUAGGAGACCUGGAAGCCACCAACACGGAGGACCCAAACCUGAAUUAUGGACUCGUGGUGGACUGUGGGAGCAGUGGCUCCCGGAUUUUUGUUUACUUCUGGCCAAGGCAUAAUGGGAACCCCCAUGACUUGCUGGACAUCAAACAGAUGAGAGACCGAAACAGCCAGCCCGUGGUUAAAAAAAUCAAGCCAGGAAUCUCCGCAAUGGCAGACACUCCGGAACAUGCCAGCGAUUACCUGCGCCCUCUGCUGAGCUUCGCCGCUGCUCAUGUCCCCGUGAAGAAGCACAAGGAGACCCCCCUUUACAUCCUCUGCACAGCGGGCAUGAGGUUGCUCCCCGAGAGGCAGCAGUUGGCUAUCUUGGCCGAUUUGGUGAAGGAUUUGCCGUUGGAGUUUGACUUCCUCUUUUCCCAGUCUCAGGCUGAAGUGAUCUCUGGGAAGCAGGAAGGAGUUUAUGCGUGGAUUGGAAUCAACUUUGUUCUGGGAAGAUUUGACCAUGAAGAUGAGUCAGACGCUGACACUUCCCUGGACUCAGCAGCAGGACGCAGGAGGACGGUGGGGAUACUGGACAUGGGAGGAGCCUCUCUCCAAAUUGCCUAUGAAGUUCCUACCUCGACUUCUGUCCUUCCUCCCAAACAGGAAGAAGCUGCCAAGAUCCUGCUGGCUGAGUUCAACCUGGGCUGUGACGUGCAGCACACGGAGCAUGUGUACAGGGUUUACGUCACCACCUUUCUGGGCUUUGGAGGCAAUUUUGCCCGGCAGCGCUACGAAGAGCUUGUGCUGAAUGAAACACUUACCAAAAACAGAUUGCUGGGCCAGAAGACAGGCCUGAGUGCUGACAAUCCAUUCCUGGACCCGUGCCUGCCUGUGGGACUCACGGACGUUUUGGAGAGGAACAGCCAGGCCCUGCAUGUCCGGGGAAAGGGAGACUGGGCCACUUGUAGGGCAAUGCUGAGCCCCCUGCUGGCCCGUUCCAACACCAGCCAGGCCUCACUGAAUGGCAUUUACCAGUCGCCAAUCGACUUCAACAACAGCGAGUUCUAUGGCUUCUCGGAGUUUUUUUACUGCACAGAGGAUGUGCUGCGCAUUGGUGGCCGCUACCACGGGCCAACAUUCGCCAAGGCUGCUCAGGAUUACUGUGGCAUGGCUUGGUCGGUGCUAGCGCAGAGAUUCAAGAACGGCCUCUUUUCUUCACAUGCAGAUGAGCAUCGGCUCAAGUAUCAGUGUUUUAAGUCAGCUUGGAUGUACCAAGUCCUGCACGAGGGGUUCCACUUCCCCUACGACUACCCGAACCUGCAGACAGCACAGCUUGUGUACGACCGAGAGGUGCAGUGGACGCUGGGAGCCAUUCUGUAUAAAACCCGAUUCCUGCCACUCAGGGACCUUCGGCAGGGAGGCAUCCGGCAGGCCCAUGGCAGCUGGUUCCGUCUCUCCUUUGUCUACAACCACUAUCUCUUCUUCGCUUGUACCGUGGUGGUGCUGCUGGCCAUCAUCCUGUACCUUCUGCGAAUCCACAGAAUUCACCGCCGGGAAACUCGCGCCUCAGCUCCGCUGGACCUGCUGUGGAUCGAACGAGCGGUGCCGAUGAUUGGGGUGCAGGUGGGGCCGUGAGGCCCUGAGGCCGGACCGGGUUGGAGAAACUCCAGUUCUUAGGCCUGCUGCUGCUUCCUGAACUCCUCCGCUGCCCUGAACUGGCCUCAAAUGCCGCUUUGGCCUGGGAAUUUCUACUUUUUCACUUUAAUUUCUUUUUUUUUUCGGUGCCCAGGACGGGACCUCUUCUCAGAAGCCGUAAUUGAAUCUGCAAGGAUCUAAAUGGCGAGAGGCCGGUGCUCUCACAGGGGACUUAGCUCAAAUGAAGCAUGCUUCUCCUUUAUCUCAGAAAUAUGGUAUGUUUCUGGGAUGUAGCGUUUUUCCUCCCCUUGCUGAAGCGAGUUUUCAAUUGGGCAACCGGAAGCGUGGUUGAAACCAGCUUGUACUGACUGAUAAAGAGCCAGAGCCAUUCCAGCAAGGGCGUUGUCCCUGCUUUCUCUGUAACAGAGAGAGUCUUCUGUGGGGAUCCACAGCCUUGAAUAGGGACCCAAGAUCUCGGAGGUUCAGUGGACCAGGAUUUCAAGGCAACCAAAAUGAUACAACUUCUUGCUUACUUGACAAGCCAUUGUGGGUGGGGUCGAAAAUCCCGGGCAGUGGUGCUGACUGAGAGGUUAUCUAGAUCUGAGCGGCUAGAGCCCCUUUUAAAUGAAUGCCUUCUUGAAGAUCUGACAGUAUUUUAUCUGGUACUUGGUCGGGCCAGUAUAGAGAACAUCGCCAUCUCUGUGCCUCACAGACUGCUUGGGCAUCAGUGCUGCCUCUCGAGCCGUAAGUGUGCUCACAGAACGGAGAGACUGUGAGGGGAACCGGGGGCCUGGGUUCGCCCAUCUUCAGUUUACUGUCUCACAGGCAUAGUAAUGUGCAGAAGACUCAAAGCCACUUCCCUCAUUUCACUGCUGAGCUCUUACAUGUAUUUUGGGAAGGGAUGUAUCUGUUUUGUUUUUAAAAAUAGCGUCAGGAAAGUGGGCAAAGGCAAUACAAUCAAAGUUCUUUCUUUUUUUUUUUUUUUUUUUUUGGACACAGGAUCUAUGUAUCCCUGGCUGUCCUGGAACCUGCUAUGUAUGUAUGUAUGGUAUCCAUGUAGACCAGGCCUGCCUCUGCCUCAGGAGUGUUAGGAUUAAAGGCCUGAGCCACCAUGCCUGGCUUGAAGUCAAAAGUUAUUACCUAUUUUUGGAAUGCUUUACAGAUAGUAAAUUCUAAAGUAGAUAAAUCUGCCGUGGAGCAACCUGGCCACUUUCUGGAUGUCUGAAGGAAUAGCUCUUCCACUGUGGGAAGAGGAAAGCCAUAUGCGCCAUGUUCUCACCCGCUGCCUCUCAGAAAGCGGCUUCUCUGCAGCCAGCCUUUGAGCUGCACACGGUCAGUGUUCAGUAACUCCUCCCUGCCCCAAGAGCUCUUUACUUUCUGAAGAAAACUGUGAGGGGCCUGCCUGGGAUUGCUCUCAGGGUUGAAGUAGCAGCUUGAUUUCUUCUUUUGGGAGAGUUAAGGCAGGUCUCAUGAGCCCAGUUUUCCAGGUAGCCAAGGCUAGCCUCGAACUCCUGAUCUUCCUGCCUCCAUCUCUUCGAAAGGCUGAGUUUGAAAGAAUGUACCACCAGGCCUGGCUCAUUUUCUUCUUAUUUUGCCAAAGCCUUUUAUUUCUAGGGUUAGAAUAGAGAAGAAAAAAAAAAGUCUAAAGCAUAAAAGUGGAUUUUCUAGAAAAUAAAUUCCAUACUGGGAACAGAAAAAAAUAAAAUGCUUUAUGAAAUAGAGAAAAAAAUUAAGAUGGCCCUUGGGAUAAGCCAAGGUGAAGAUACUGUACUGACUCUUGUUAGGCAAGUUCUGAAUGAUUUCCUUCUUCCUCUUUUUUUUUUUUUUGAGGCAGGGUCUCACUGUGUAACCCAGGCUGGCCUGGUACUCAGUGAUCCUCCUGCCUCAGCCUUCUGAGUGCUGUGAUUGUAGGCUACAUCACCACAUGUGCACAUCAGAGAAGUGUACAUCCAGCAACGAUUCUUCUACAUUGACAUCUUUACUUUUCACUAAACUGUGUCAUGGACAGUUCUUCUCAGUGUUAAAAGACUUCCCAACUGUCUCCCUUCUCUAUGAAAGGAUAUAAUGUUUAUAUCCUGUGAGUGAGCCUUUGCUUUUUUUUUUUUUUUUUUUUUUUUUUUUUU